UCAGUCACAUCAUUCUCCGUGAAGAAUUAUAAAUCUGAUGACCCGCCGCCUCAGUCUCGCAAACAAAUAAAACGUUGUCACAUCAUGUGACAUGGUUUCGUACGGAAGUAGAGGCGAUCUAAACAGACAACAAGAUGGCAUCUCACCCGGGAGGAGACGAUAAAGGAAAUGCCAAAGAUCAGAUAUUGGAAGUUGGAGCUAUUUUGUUAAAGGAUUUCAUCUAUGAGCGGGUCCAGCGGCAUGGAGACAGCAAUACCGUAGUGACCAGGGCACAGCUGGGCGGAGGAGAGCUGUGUGACCCAAACCACAAGAAGCUCGCCCAGUGCCUGCAGCAGAUUGGAGAUGAGUUGGAUGGAAAUGUAGAGCUCCAGAGGAUGAUAAAUGACUCUUCACUCAGUCCCACAAAAGACAUGUUUAUCAGAGUUGCCGUUGAGAUCUUUUCAGAUGGAAAAUUCAACUGGGGCAGGGUGGUUGCACUGUUCUACUUUGCCUGUCGACUCGUCAUCAAAGCUCUUCUCACCCAAGUUCCUGAUAUCAUCAGAACCAUUAUCAACUGGACCAUGGACUAUCUCCAAGAAAAUGUGAUCAACUGGAUCAGGGAGCAAGGUGGCUGGGAGGGUAUUCGCUCCUACUUCGGCACGCCUACAUGGCAAACGGUGGGGGUUUUCUUGGCUGGUGUUCUCACCACUGUACUAGUCAUUCGCAAGAUGUGAGGGUCAUAAGAACCGCAGACAGGAGAAAGGCAGGAAAAACUACGACAGAAAGAAAUGGGGGCAGGCACAAAUGUAUAAAAGGACAACAGAAAGAAGUUAUGGGCGACUGAACAAGUUGAAUAGGAUGAACUUGUAUUUGGAAAAGGAGAACCACUUCUGCCUUCCAUUAAUUUCUAAGGACUGGGAGUUCGACUGAGCGCGCUGUCAUACCCAUUACCUGUAUGCCACUGAUGAACUAAGCUUUGCAUGAUCACAUGCACUCAAUGCAGUGGGUGGAGAGGUUGUCAGACUUGAACAGGGAAUGCAUUUUAAAUAAUUUAUUUUUUACUUGGUACAGAUUUAAAAAGUCACUGCAUUCUGUUUUCUGCCCUAAAAUAUAUAUGGACUAAUUUUUUUUUUUCAAGAGUUUCCUCUCUGUGUUAUUUUCAUUGUAGUUUUAUUUUUUUCCACUCAGCUUGCUUUUCUGAUCUUCCCAUUCUCUCCAUCCAUCUCACCAUGAUGUCUGUAUGCAAGUUAUUUCAUCUUCAUAUGUAUUGUGCUUACUAUUGUAUAUCUGUAAUCUCCUAGCAAUGAACAUGUUGGAGGGUGGUCACGUCCCAUAAAGCUAAAAAGAUAUUUUUGAAAACAUAGAACAGAUUUAGCAAGAACAUGGUAUAAAUAAAGAGAAGUUACUCAUCUGAUAAUAAUUGGGUUCAGACAACCCCAAGUAAUUUCUCCCCUUUCUUCCCGUGAAUGCACAACUCAGCCUUAUUUCAGUGGAUAACAAAAGUGCCACAGCAGGGACUUGUGUAAAAAGUCAUAUAAUUGCAGCAAAAUGACAGACAACUGAUUCUAAAUCCUGGCCGUGUCUACCAUUCGAUGAUAUGCUGUCUUUGGACAUUUUGACCAGCAUUGUGACCGUAAUGUGGCUCCCAGUAAGAUAAAUCUUACCAAUUAUUUUUGUCUGUUGUGAAUGGAGCCACAAGUCAUGAAAUUGAUGCCUCCUGUAGUCUGUGGAAGAAGUUCCACUGCAGACACAGAAAGCACUGGAUUGCUCACAGAUGCUUACCUCACUUUAUACACAUUCAAAGUACUGUAUUUUUACCUGAGUUAUUCAAAUUACAAUCUUAUCUACACAGUAAAAGGCUUUUUAUACAUUUUUCUUGUUUGUCAGUGCCUUGGUGUUUUUUUUACUCUGAAAUCACUUUGAUAUUCUCAAAUUUUCACUGUUUUUUUAUCAUAUUUGUAAAGCUGAAAUUAGUUUGAAGUCUCCUUGAAAAUCUUUUUGCAGUGACCUUGUAUGUUAUAAUAUGAAAAAAUAAAAUCUUUUAACUGUUA